AACAUUUAUCUAAAAUGCCAUACGAGAGAGGAGUCUAUCAUUGGGCCCGCGGCGGGCAAAGCGGGGUAAUGGAAAAGACGUCGUGAUUAAACCAGUUCGUCCACGGUCAGUGAAAUUCCAUGGACUUCUCGGCAUGGGGCCAUGCAAGCCAACAUCUCUUUGUUGACAUUCAACAAAUAUUUGCUAAGUUUCAAGUCUACAGCGUUAAGGGCCAAGUGGAAAACAAUGUUAAGCUGCAGUGCUGCAAGAGGCUUUAAUCAACAAUCUAUCCGAGGAGGAGAUCAAUCGACUUGAGCGUAUUGCAGAGCUGAAAGUUGCGUUAAAAGCGGAUGAGGAAUUCGAGCAGGAGACUUUGGAAUAUAUGACAAAUCGAGCCCAUGUUCAGGGUAAGCCUUUGGAAUCUUAUUGAUAUAUUAUGGCAUGUAGAUCGCAAUCCUAAAGCCUUUCGCACUAAAUAUCCGAAUUCGUACUUAAAAUUGCCACUCCUCAAAUUUGAUAUGAUUACCAUGUUUGCCUCUGCUCCAGAGCUAUACGACGAAAACGCUGAGAAGCUUAUGCAUCUACUCAAGCGUAAGGUAUACAAACUGACGAAAGGCUACAAUGCGGAUAUGAUGUCAUCGUUAAAGAGCAGUAAACAAAAAUAUCAUGCCGACUAUUUGGCCACAAUUGAUAAAUACGAUUACUUCGAUGAGAAUCAGCAACGGGGUGAAACAGUUGGGGAGGAUCUGCUGCAGGAGCAGAAGACCCAGGCCAAUGUACCGAAACGCAAACAGAUCAAGGCACAGAGUGCCAGACUUCUGGAGGAGGCGUCCAGGCGUGAUGGAAAGCGCAUUUGAUUUAAGCUCGCAAUGGGUUUAUUAAAACAAGACAAUUUUUAUGUGCUCCGAUGUGCAGAUUAGAUUGAACCCUGGAUGUGCUUUGAUUUUGCAGCUGCCUCGUUCUUGGCUUUCAAUUUGUGAAAAUAAAAAAUGAGAAAAAACUUGUGAAAUACAUUAAAAUUUUUCAUAGCAGCCCAUGACUUUAGUUUCUACUCAUUUUUACAUACCUCAUGCUCCAUAUUUGUCACAUUAAUUGUUAGGUACACUUCAAUACAACAGUUUCACAAAAAUAAAAAAACAAAACCUUAAAAAAAUUAAAAAACAAAAAAAAUAAAAAAAAAAAUAAAACAAAUAAAACACAAUGCCCUGCUUUAUGCGAAGGAAUAGCAUAUCGUACGUCU